AAGAUUCCCGAAUGGCUCACAGAACGCUGGCGGCCGAUACAAAAUUUGAACUACAAUUCCCAAACCAUAGUACAUUUUUUUUUUUUUUGAGUUGGCGCAUGCGGAGUUUUAACCGCUCGCGCAUGCGCCCUUUAAGUUUCCGGAGACAAGGUUAGCGUACUUCCUGUAGCAGGCGGCAGGCUCAUGGCUUUCCUCCUUCGAGCCGUGCCAAGGUUGCAGGGGCCCUCUGCAUGGAGGAGGCCGCUACAGGGACUGUGGUGCCGCGCUGCGCAGGGGGAUUCCAAAAGGUGGGUGGGGAGCAGGUCUCCCCGCUCACAGGAGAAGCCCCCAGGCCCCGAGACUGAAACAUUCCACACGAUCUACCGAUUCAAUGCCAUCAGAGCACUUGGGUUCCUGUCGCGGAUGAAGUUGGCACAGACGGCUGUGACUGUGGUGGCCCUGCCCCCUGGCUUCUACUGCUACUCACAAGGCCUCAUGACCCUCAAUUCGCUGUGCCUUAUGAGUGGGGUCGCCAGCUUUGCCCUGGCCAUGCUCUGUUGGAUGAGCUACUUCUUCCGGAGACUGGUGGGCAUCCUGUAUGUGAACGAGUCAGGUACCGUGCUUCGAGUGGCCCACCUGACCUUCUGGGGCAGGCGACAGGACACAUACUGUGCCGUGUCAGACAUGAUACCCCUGUCAGAAUCCGAGGAACAGGUCCAGGACGUGUUCGUGCGCAUCCAGCAGUACAGUGGCAAGCAGACCUUCUACCUCACCUUACGCUACGGCCGAAUCCUGGACAGGGAACGUUUCUCACAAGUGUUCGGAACCCUGGCCACACUCAAGAACAGCAACUAGGCCUCUCGUAGCCCUGGCUACACUUGGAUUUUUAGACAGAAGGCUGAGGACAUGAAUGAGACAAAAGCUAAUACCGGGAACUGGGCUGGUGCGCAUUUUGUAGACUGCUUGUUUAGCAAGCAGGACGUGGAGCCCUGGGUUCAUUCCUAGCACUGCAUGGAGCCAGGCAUUGGUAUGCCUGCUUAUACUCAGUACUGGUGGCACAGGCAGGCAGAGAAAAAGUUCAGGGGCCAAAAAGGAAGGUAUUAACCAGCUUUAGGAAAAAGCCCUUAGUGGAGCAUUAUACUGUAUAGGACAUCCCGUCAGAUAGUGGCCAGAAGUUUCUAUGAAGAGGCAGUGCCUGGAAGAGUGCUAUGCCAAGAUCACCGAGGCAGCCGCUGCUGUGAAACUGGAAGGCAGAGGGUUGGCAGAGGAGCACAGGAUGUGGCGUCGGGACGUGGGUGGUGCUGAGCCUUACUUCCUUGACCUGGGGCAGGACAUUUCGGUUCUGAACCUUGGAUUGCAUUGUGAGAUGGAAGACCCUCCUCUCAUGGGGACAGAUUUGAAAGUAAGAAUAACAGCUGGGGCUUUGUAGCAGAGCUCUUGCCUAGCAUGUGCAAGUUCUAAGUUCCAUCCCCAGCCUACAGAACUGGCCAAACCAGUGAAUACCCAGUGCUGUGUAAGGUAAGUGGCCCAGAGCCUACAACACAGAGCAAGGCUUCUAGGCUGCCUCUGGGGCGGCACCCUUCCUCAUGCUCACCAGCUGGAUGGCUGUGGCCAAAGCCCAGAGUGGACUUUUUUUUUUCCAUCAACAAGUCACUGUACACCAACAGAGGUAGGGACAGCACCCCCUGAAACUACGUCGAUCACCAGGAGGUCCAGGGGCACUCACACUUGGGAGCUUUGUAGUGUCAUCGGAGCAGAGGGACUCUGUCCAAGCAAAAAUUCAUCAUCUGAAGGACAGUGCAUGUGCUGUCUUUCAUAAUGAGUAACAAAAUAUGUGCUUAUUAGGUUAUUGUACCUGCAUUAAAUGGAAAGCAACCAUGAUUGUUGUAAUUUGUUCACCAGAGUGCGUUUGUUUUGUAGCUUUUUAGUAGUUUCCUUCCUUUAAGAAUUAUUCUUUUAUUUAUUUGUGUGUGUGUACCACUGUGCAUAUAAAGAGGCUGGAGGACAACUUU